CUCCGCCUCGUUACGUCGCGUCGCGUCAUGCCCCGCAAGCGGCCGUUCAGCGCCAAGAAGAAGAAGCAGCAGCUCCGCGACCGGCGCGAACGGAAGCGGGGCGACCCCCCGGCAGCGCCUGGCUCAGGCCCAGGCAGCCGCAGCGGGAGCCAGGAGCGCGGCAGCGAUGCGGCCGCCGCCGAAGCCGGGGAUCCGGUUCCCCCUCCCCACCGCCGCCAUGACCCCAGCAGGUUCCGGCUGCAGCUGGGGGGGCCCCGGGCUGAGGCCUUGGCGCGGCGGCGGCGCCGGGCGCAGGAGGAGGUGCUGGAGCUGCUGCCCGAGAGCGCGCUGGAGCUGGACCCCGACACCAUCUAUGGGCCAGGCCUGGACUUCCCCCGGCGGCCGCCCUGGAGCUUCGCCAUGAGCCCCGAGGAGCUGCGGGCGCGGGAGGAAGCGGCUUUCGGCGCCUUCCUGAGGGCCCUGCAGGAGAACCAGCACCCUGAGGGUGAAGAUGAUGGAGGAGAUGUGGCACCCUUUGAGCGCAACCUGGAGACAUGGCGCCAGCUUUGGAGGGUGCUGGAGAUGUCCGAUGUCAUCCUGCUCAUCACCGACGCGCGGCACCCGGCGCUGAACGUGCCCCCCGCGCUGGCCACCCACGUCACCCGGGAGCUGGGCAAGGGGCUCAUCCUCAUCCUCAACAAAGUGGAUCUGACGGCCCCCGCCGUGGCCACCGCCUGGAGCCACCUCCUGCGCCGCCGCUUCCCCACCGCCCGCGUCGUCCCUUUCACCUCCGCCCCCCGACGGGACCCCGCGCCCGGGCUGCAGAGGAGGCAGAGGAGGGGAGGAGGCUGGAGCCGGGCUGUGGGGCCCCGGCAGCUGCUGGAGGCUUGUGAGAGCAUCGUGGGGGGAGAAGUGGAUCUGAGCAGCUGGCGAGCGCGGCUGGACCGGGCGGAAGCGGCGGCAGCACGAGGGGAAGAGGAGGAGGAGGAGGAAGAGGAAGGGCAGCAGGAGGAGGAGGGAGACGGCGACGAGGCCGGUGACGGUGACGAGGACGGAGCCAUGAUGGCACCGCGGCAGUGGGAGCGCUACCGCCAUGGGGUGCUCACCCUGGGCUGUGUUGGCCUGAUCUUGCCCCCUCCCCGCAGGACUGCCCAACGCAGGCAAGUCGUCGGUGCUGAACGCGCUGGUGGGCCGCAGCGCCGUCAGCGUGUCCCGGGCCCCUGGCCGCACCCGCUACUUCCAGACCCAUUUUCUCACCCCCCGCGUCCGCCUCUGCGACUGCCCCGGCCUCGUCUUCCCCUCCCGGGCCCCCCCGGCGCUGCAGGUGCUGGCGGGUGUCUACCCCAUCUCACAGCUGCAGGAGCCCUACUCGGCUGUGGGGUACUUGGCUUCUCGCCUCCCGCUGCCACCCCUCCUCCAGUUGCGGCCCCCCAGUUCUGCAGGAGGCUGGACAGCGUGGGAUAUCUGCGAAGCAUGGGCGGAGAAACGAGGUUACAAGACAGCAAAGGCAGCUCGGAACGACGUGUACCGGGCAGCCAACAGCAUCCUGCGCCUGGCGGCCGAGGGACGACUCCGGCUCUGCCUGCGACCCCCUGGAUACGCUGCCCAGAAGGACCUGUGGGAGCAGCACCCCGAGACGGCAGCGCUGGCGGCACUGCAGGAGCGGGGGGAGCCGGGGGUCCAGGGCUCUGUCCCCCCAGAAGAGGGGUCGACCUCGGAGGAGGAAGAGGAGUGUGACAGUGAUGAGGGGGCGGAGCCUGGGGAGGCCACGCCCCCCGCCAGCACCGCAGCCAAUCCCUUUGCUCUGCUGGGAGAGGAUGAGUGUUAGCCCCACCCCCUGCCACACCGCCGAUACCAUAUAUGGAAUAAAGGCAGCUUUAUUUCCGCAAA